AUGGUUGGAUGGUACCGAGGAAUGCGGCAGGGUUUGGUGGGCAGAGCGCUGACUGCAUUCUUUUUCCAAGCCCACAACAUGGGUGCCUACAAGUAUAUCGGUGAGCUGUACAAAAAGAAGCAGUCGGAUGUCCUUCGUUUCCUUCUCCGUGUGAGGUGCUGGGAGUACCGCCAGCUGAACGUCAUCCACCGUGCUUCCCGUCCUUCGCGUCCUGACAAGGCCCGCCGGUUGGGCUAUAAGGCUAAGCAAGGCUAUGUUAUCUAUCGCGUGCGAGUCCGCAGGGGUAAUCGCAAGAAACACGUCCCCAAGGGUGCUACCUACGGCAAACCUGUUCGUCAAGGUGUCAACCACAUCAAGCCGCAGCGUGGUUUGAGAAGCGUUGCGGAGGAGCGUGUUGGCAGGCGAUGCGGAAACUUGCGUGUGCUUAACUCCUACUGGGUGAACCAGGACGGUGUUUACAAGUACUACGAGGUCAUUCUCGUUGAUCCCAAUCACAAGGCCAUCCGUCGUGACGCCAGAAUCAACUGGAUCACGAAGCCCGUCCACAAGCGUCGCGAGACUCGUGGCCUUACCAGCAUUGGCAAACAGAAUCGCGGACUGGGCAAGGGUAACCGCCACAACCAUACUACGGGCUGGGCGACCUGGAAGAAGCACAACACGCUCAGCCUUCGUCGUUACCGGUGA